UGGCGGCAAACAUCGAUAGUUCGAGAAGAAACUUGUACAGUAUUUCUGAUGAAAGUGGAGGAAAUACGAAAGGUCCAGGAGAAGGAACAAGCAGAAGAAUAACUAGUUCGUUAGACAGGUCGCGCCAAAGCUCGGAAUUUCAUCCUAAAGACUCGACAAUUCAUGACAUUUGGAAGUAUUCACAAGGAACCAGUGAGUUUAACCCGGAAAAAAUGGAUAGAGAAGUUGAUUUUAGAAGACAAACAAGAAACCAGAGUGAAUUUGGAACAAUAAGAGGUUCAGCUUGCCCUCCAGAUAAUACUGUCAGUACGUCAAAGAGAAGAAGUAAUAUACAAAAAUCUUUACAGCUGUUAAAUGAAGCAGUUGAUUCCAGCAGACCUUUCCUGACAACAGCGUCUUCUAUGCAAAAAGCUGCACAUACACCGACACCACUGCUACAAAGAACUCCAAUGACACAACUACGACAUAGCACUUAUACACCAAGUGGAGUGUCAUCAGUAGCUGAGACAGACCCAGAUGUUGUGGACAUGUCAAUGAUGAGCAAUGAUGUUGUUCACGGAAGGUCAAUGCUUAGUGGUAGCUUACCAAGACAAGUUAAUCAGACACCGGGAUACCUUAUGGGUUCAAUAUCACUAAUGGAUGACACUGGUUUUACAUCAUCUGUUACUCCAAUGAAGCCAUUAGCAGGAAURGCAGAUGAUUUAACUACAGAUUUAAGUCAAGUUGAUGUUACUCAAACCGCCAAUAUCAGCAUAUUGACAGACAAAGACCCUGUCGUCACAGCAAGCUCAGCUCUUUUUCAAGAGUUCAAGGAAAGCUUAAUAACCUAUCCACACUCCACUCAUGUGUUUGAUUUGGUUCAGGCUUAUGAACAGGCAUGUCGUAAACAAGUCCAUCAGUUGGACAGUCUUGUUACUGCUGCAAGACCAGGCAAAUCAAUAUUUGCCAAGAAAGUUGGUAUUCUAAUGCUGCUCACCCAGGAGAGUUACUCCUGGAGGUUGAUUGGCUCGCUCUUCAAUGACAGGCUUCAGAGUGGAAACAUGGUUGAUGACAGUACAAUGGCAGAUUUAAUGAAAAGUCACUGGAGUGAGAAAAAGCUGAUAAAUUCAUUGUAUGAAAGAGAAAGCACAACAAGACAAAACCAGCUGGUGAUAGACUGGUUGGAGAAAAAUGCUGAGGACUUCUUAGUGAAUAUUCUGCAGUCUGAUCAAGUGGAAUUUUUUUCUGAAUCUGUUUGCUGGGAAAACACACUUCAUGAACUCAAGGAGGGCAGRAAACGACAUGGAUACAGUAGACCUAUAGUGACGGAAAUGGAUCCUGAUGCACCAUUGCGACAAAACAGACCCCUAGCUGACCUGGACAUGGAAGAUGAAGCAAGACUACUGAAACACAUGUUUGCAUUGAUAAGAGCUGGAAAGCUAGAAAUGGCACAGAAUCUUUGUCAGAAGUGUGGACAGUCCUGGAGGGCUGCAACAUUGAAUGGCUGGAAACUUUGGGAUGACCCAAACAUGGAUGGAGUCCCCAUUGACGGUACAUUAUCGGAAAUAGAAGGGAACCCAUUUCGUGAUGUGUGGAAGAAAUGUGCCUGGGACAUGUCCAAUGAGACCAAGUUCAGUAUUUAUGAAAGAGCUAUGUAUGCUGCUUACUGUGGUAACUUAAAGCAGCUUGUUCCUGCCUGUGAGUCUUGGGAGGAUUAUCUAUGGGCAUACUACAAGGUUAUGGUAGACAUUCGUGUGGAGCAGGAAUUYCGUCUAAAUGCAAGAGUAGAUAGAGAUCUCGAAAACAUGCCACCAAGUUAUUGGGACCAGGCUCUCACCCCUGAACAAAUAUUUGAUGAAUUAAAGGCUUGUCCUAGAGAAGGUGUAAAAAGAAGUGUCAGCGAGGCUCACCAUGUUAUUCAAAGACAUGUUAUACUCAAUGAUAUCCACGGUUUAUUAAAAGUGAUGAAUGAAUGGCUGCAAGAAGAACCUACACCUACAAGUCACAUGCUGAGAUUUAUGGCUCAUUUUGCGCUGUUUUUAAGAGCAUCUGGACUUGAAACUCAUGAUGAGCUGACUGGUCCGAUUUUGAAGGCAUAUGUCCAGAAUCUGAUCGAUGGUCAUCAAGUCCCUCUCGUUGCAACAUACACAGCUACAUUAUCACCUGAACUACAAGUCGAAACCUAUGCUUAUUUCUUAGAAGGAGGACCGUAAAAAAAUMGAGGCGAUAGAGUGGUUGGUGUUUGACCCGACACAGCGAGCWGAAGCUUUGAAGCAAGGCAAUGCUAUCAUGAGGUGCUUUGUAGCUACACGUAAACACACGGCUGCACGUGAGGUCUUCAAUAAGAUUCCACCCGGGUCUAUUGACGUCAUCUAUAAACAAUGGCAAAUGAUGGCUGGAAGUAGCGCCUUACCUGCAGACCAUGAUAACGCUAUUAGAGAAUACCUUUGUAUUAAAGCAUACUUGGAUGCACAUGACGCCUUCAAUGAUUGGUUCCAGCAUUUUCACCACGAAGUACCGAAAAAGCCGCAAAUGGACAARUAUUCUAAUUUUACUGAGAAAGUUGCAUUGGAACAGCAACAAAAGCAAUACAAGAUUGAUCUUGAACGCUGGCAAAAUACCUUAGACAUCCAUUCCAAGGCAACUGUUGAGAGAUUAUACAAUGUCCUGCUAUUCCCAGAUGGUGGUUGGAUGAUUGAUCACAGACUGGAUGGAGUUGAGGAUCCUACUCGUARCCAACAGUUGCAGCUUCUGAGACAGUUGUGUAUUCCAUUGAUAUGCUAUCUUCUUCACAAUGUUCAUCAUUCUGCUGGACAAUACAAACAGUGUAUUCAGUUGGCUGAUAUUGUCGCUUCAGAACAGUAUGAACUAUAUAAGGUUUUCCGAAAAGAUGAGAUGCAAAAGUUCUUGAGUUUGAUGAGAGACAGUUCUCUUGCGAUAUUAGAGAACAGCAUGGACCCCCUAGGGUUUGACCUUCCCUCAUAGGGUCCGAAUAGCUUUUUGUACAACAUGGAUCCCGUGAGYUUGGACUUCACUAAUAGAAAUGCUUCACAGACUUCAAAUAAGACCACCGAACUGCAUGAUGUACAUUCAAUAGUUUCAAUAGUGUAGUACUUUGACAUUUGCCAACGUGUACAGACUAUCAGUACKGAUGCAYUAGAGUGAUCGCACUUAAWSCGUGCAACYGUACAAAAUCUAAGUAGUAYUAAUUUGUACUAAAAGUGGACSUGAAGCAAGACGGUAUUGAAUGCUUCAUUUGUAUCARUUCAAUUURAUUUGCGYRCCGCAUGCACGAUUUACUAAAUACAACUAAAUAGAACUAUUUAGUUUGUACAGUUGCACGGAUUAAGUGCGAUCACUCUAGCUAUCCCACAAUUUCAUACAUAAAUGGCUUUCAAGGUGGUAGGCGAUUUGUUCAAAAUGUCGACCAUACUUGCGUUCAGAAUUGUAUACAAAGAAAACAAAACAGACCGAAAAAUAAAGAAAAGAAUGUCAAGAAAACUGAUAUUUUCCACUUGUAAAAGUAGUUUUCUAAUUUGUUAAGUAUUGAUAAUUUAAAUAAAUAAAAUCUUUAUGAAAAAAAA